AUGGCUAAGAAUGAAGCGCCGACCAUUGGCGUGAAGCUGUUCGUGGAUAAGGAGAAGAGAAAGGUGCUCUUCGCAGAGUCCGACAAGGAGUUCAUCGACGUGCUCUUCAGUUUCCUCACCAUGCCUCUCGGCACCAUCGUUCGCCUGCUGGACAAGAAGUCUCAGAUGGGGUGUCUCGACGAGGUGUACAAGAGCGUGGAGGAUCUCAGCACGGAAUACUUCCAGACCAAGGCUUGCAAGGCGAUGCUUCUGAAACCGCUCAACGCGGCUUCCAGCCACUGCUGUCGGCUCAGGAUCAACAUCGAUGACACCGUUCCAAGGGUGGUCUACGUCUGCAAAGACACAUCCUGCAGCGCUCACAGCGACAACGGGAUCAGUUCGAUCCCUGACACGGUCUGCAAAUGCGGAAAGGUCAUGGAGUCCUUUGGGCAGUGCAGAAAAUACGACGGUGACACUGAAACCGCUCCUGCUGCUUGUUCGGAGGAAGGAGUUUUCGUCAAAGGUUGCUUGAAGUUUAUCGUCACCGAUGAUCUCCAGGUUGCGCCAGCGUCAACCUCUCUUAUGAUGUCUCUCUUCGAGAAAUUUGGUGUGCGGGAUCCAGCUGUUCUUGAGCAGCAGGUUGUACAGUUCAGUUCAGAAAAGAUAACAUGCUUGCUGAAGAGAUCGUUGACAUCCAAGCAACCUCUAACAGAGCACUAUUUCGAUGUUCCUGUCCCACACGAUGAUGCAAGCCUAGGCACGCUCGCUCAGGACUUGAAUCCUAAACAAGAAGAUGGGGACGAGGAAAGGCUAGGAAAUCUGAAGAUCAGGGUUCUUCAGAUGAAAAACAACUCUGCUCUGCUGUAUGCUGAAGUUGAUGGCGAUUUUGUGGAUUGUCUCUUUGGCUUACUAAGCAUUCCGCUGGGAUCCGUAAUGAAGUCAUUUGGUCAGUGCUCAGCAAAAGGCUGCCUCGAUAAUCUUUACAAGAGCAUAGAUGGGGGUGCUAAAGAAUUCGUCAGACAAGAUUGCCAGAGCGUCCUACUGGCUCCGAAGUUGCCACCCUGGUUUGGGUGUCGCGCUUCUAAGAUCCUUCAGGUUGACGAAUUAGCUCCAAGAGAACUGACGAUCAAUGCCUGCUUUUCGUGCUUCAAGAUUGGAAGGUUUUCAGAUUGUGACCGUUGUCAUAGGUACGAUUAUUCUCGUAGGUAUCAUAUUUGCACAAAUAAGGUGAAGUCCAGUAAACUUUGUGAGGCGAAUCCAAAGAUACAAAUAGGUGGAAGCGAAAAAGGAGAUGCAUACGUGAACGGGAAGCAUACGAAAUUCGUGGUCACUGAUGACCUGCGUGUUCUUCCACUCUCCUUAGCAUCCACUGUUAAGAUUGUUAGUGAGGCCAAAAUUCAGACGUCGAAUCUUGUGGAGAAAGAAAUCACACUGACCAAGUCCCAGGUUAUGGAGCUCCAAAGGGCUGUGCUGCUGAGUCGCAACACACUCAGCUCUGUGCUUCUGCCUCCUAAGAAGAUUAAGAAGCUGAACCAUCUCAGAUAUUAA